AUGCCAGAUAUUAUCACAUCUGCAGCAUUUACUGCAUCGCCAGGGCUCAGCGAACCAACCUCCACGAACCAGGAUCCUUUAACAUGUGGUCUUGUCACAUUCCCCGAGGCAGAAACCUUGUGCCAGACAUAUCAAAAGAUGUCGCACCAGCACUUUCCCUGUGUUGUUGUCCCUGUGAGGCUCGGGGUGUUGGAAUUGCAGCAGGAGCGACCAAUGCUUUUGCAAGCCAUGCUGGUUGUAGCAUCGUGGCAAAACAACCCCCGACAGAUUGCUCUGGAGAAGUUCUAUGUGAAGGAGCUAGGGUCGAGAUUCUUUAAUGGCGAACAUCUUGGGCUCAACAAGAAGCCUCCACAAGGAACAACACAGCACGAUCUGAUUCUCAAUUCUCAACCAGCAGCAGAACAUAUGACAACCCAUCCACUUGAGUUUUGGAGUCAUGAGGCAAGAAGGGCGCUGAUCGGGGCCUAUAUCCAGUCAACACUAUGCGCACUCAUGUGCCGAAAGCAAUUACCAAUUGCAUAUUCCACCUAUAUGGAGCAAUGUGCCUUCUCUCUUCAAGAGGAUAGCGAGGUGGACACCGACAAGACGCUGAUACACUUCAUUAAGCUGCUGCGAAUUAUGAAUGAAGUCUAUAGUGUCUUUCAAUAUGGUGACCCUGACCAUAGUCUUUCGAUGGGUGAUGAUAAAGUGCAAGUGGUUGUGAAAGCUCUCGAAGGCCAGCUCCAUUCGUGGCGGGAAAGCCUUCCACCUGAAAUAUCCCAACACGCACAACUUAAUACGUGGGGUGACUUAGCAGGGGCAUACGCGCACGAAAUUGGGCUUCAUGGCAACCUUCGGAAUCAGCCCUUUUCUGCGACCCGGGUGACCAUUAUGUUCGAUUGCCUGGGUCAUGUGGAGGACUAUAUGAAACGUGCCUUGGCGAUAUCGGUGGACGAUAUGCAAACAUGGACUGCUUUUGACUGGCGACAGCUUACCUAUACGAUCAUGCUAGCAAGCAAAAUCUCGGUAUCAAUCGAUAUGAUUGCCUCUGAUAAAGAAUCCACAGCGCGCAUUGCUCGGUUGGAUUCUUACCUCGGGGUGAUAUAUACACGAACACAGGAACUGUUCUCCAUGACCAACACGCCGCAAGGACAGACUCAUUACUUUCAUCGGUUGUUGAAUCAGUGGAAAGGUAUCCGAAGUUGGUACCAAACAGUACUUCAGAAGAGAACUGCCACCCACUUCACCGAGCAAUCCAGCCGAUCCACCAGCGAUACAUCGGUUCAGCCCUCGCACGAUACUUCCAACCAAAUCCAAACGACUCCUUUCCGGCCCCCGCAGACUUUGGAUUCUUGGCCGGAUGAUAACUUUGGAAUACUACCGAUAUCGGCCGCUGACUUCAUGAUGCUUGAAUCUCUCGAAUACCCAUAA